CGCCAUGGUAGCUGUUGUUCGGCUGACACCUGCUGACGCCGGUUAUCUUGGUGGAGGAGGCAUCGGUCUUGGUGGCGGAGGCUACGGUGGUGGAGGCUACGGCGGUGGAGGCUACGGCGGCGGGGGCUACGGCGGCGGCGGCUAUGGCGGUGGGGGCUACGGUGGCGGGGGCUACGGAAAGCUGUGGCAGCCGUACAGCUUCGGCUAUCAAGUCCUGGACAAGUACGGCACCCAGCACCGCCAAGAGAAGAGCAAUGGUCUGGGCGGCGUGAAGGGAAGCUACGGCUUCACGGACGCGUGGGGUCGCUUCCGGCAGGUGCACUACGUGGCAGACAAGCAUGGAUUUCGAGCCAAGGUGCUGACGAAUGAGCCCGGCACGGCAAACCAGCAUCCGGCAGCCGUGCGAAUGCUGUCCAGCGGGGGCGGAGGUCACGGUCAUUAACUAUGGAAUGGGCGAUACAUGCUCACGUAGAGGUAAACGACUGGACAGUGACGGACGGGAAAACCUCGACCGAAUGAAGCUUGACAAAGCGAUUGGAAAUGGAAAUGCGUGCUUUUCAUACAUGCUACUGUGAAGAAUGAACCUACUUUUAUUUGUAUUCGGAUCUGACAGAAUGUGAUUGGCGGUUGUGAUGA